AAGCUGGCUGUAGACACCAUAGUUGUAGAUCAGCAAUAAUAGCACGAAGGACCUGCAUAGCACGAAGUGCUCGCGUUGACAAAAGGAGUUGUGUGCCUUCCAAAUGUUCCAAAAGAUCGCGGUGCUUUUCUGCAGUUGUGGGGUGUGCCAGAUGACGUGGGCAGUCGAAAAAAUCUGAAUCUGCACAUCCCAGUAGCGCUAACUCUGAAAAGGUCCAACAUGAUCGGCUCUAUAACCUGGAAAAUGCCGGCCAUUGGCCAGCAAGGUCUCAAGUGGAAUUCGGUAAUUGUUUCGCUACCGUCAUCCACCGAUUUUAUCUACAGCCAUGACCAUGAGGAGUUCCAUCGUCAUCGCCGCCGUGCUGCUCGUCCUCGUCUCGAUCCAGCUCGACGGCGCGGACGCCGGCAACGGGACCAAGCCCUUCUUCACCGCCAUUUUCAGCUUCGGCAACUCGUACGCCGACACCGGCAACUUCGUCAGGCUGGCCGCGCCCAUCAUCCCCAUCAUUCCUUUCAACAACCUCCCCUACGGCGAGACCUCCUUCCACAAGCCCACCGGCCGGGCGAGCAACGGCCGCAUCAUCCUCGACUUCAUCGCCGAAGCUUUUGGUCUGCCGUUCGUGCCGCCGUCCCUGGACAAGACGCAGAACUUCAGCAAGGGCGCCAACUUCGCGGUGGUGGGGGCGACUGCCCUGGACCUGUCCUACUUCAUGGAGCGCAACAUCACCUCCGUGCCCCCGUUCAACACCUCCUUCGGCGUCCAGGUCGGGUGGUUCGAGAAGCUCAAGCCGUCGCUCUGCAACACCGCCGCCGCCAAGGAAUGCAAAGACUACCUGGGCAAGUCUCUCUUCGUCAUGGGCGAGUUCGGAGGGAACGACUACGUCUUCCUCCUGGCCGCCAACAAGACCCUGGAGCAGACCAGGACCUACGUUCCCGCCGUCGUCAAGGCCAUCACCGCCGGCGUCGAGAGGCUGAUCAAGCUGGGCGCCAAGCACAUCGUGGUGCCGGGGAACCUGCCGACGGGCUGCAUCCCCAUCAUCCUGACGCUGUACGCGAGCCCCAACAAGGCAGACUAUGACAGGUCCGGGUGUCUCCACAAGUUCAACGGCCUGGCGCGCUACCACAACAACCUCCUCCGGUGCGAGGUCCGGGCACUCCGGGCCAAGCACCCGGGCACCAAGAUCGCCUACGCCGACUACUUCCGGCCCGUCGUCGGAUUCCUCGAGAACCCGGCCAACUUCGGUUUCGACGGCAGCAGGGCGCUGGUGGUGUGCUGCGGCGGCGGCGGCCGGUACAACUACAACGCCACGGCGGCGUGCGGGCUCCCCGGCGCGACGGCGUGCGCGGACCCGUCGAGGGCGGUGAACUGGGACGGCAUCCACCUCACGGAGGCGGCGUACGGGAGCAUCGCCGGGGGAUGGCUGCGGGGCCCGCUUGCGGGUCUCGCGCGUUGAAACAUUUUGGUUUGGACCGAGCCUUUGGUUGUUCAGAGCCGGUUGUAUGCGUUGCGUGCACCAGAUUGCAGAGUGUUUUUUGUUCGUUUUGAUUUGACCUGUGUAUUUCUUUUUUGUUCAUUAAUCCAUUUCAACUCUCGUUAAAGAAUAAAACGUGGCCUCUUCAAGA